CCCGCGCCAUCCCACCUUCUUCAUUUGCAAUUGAUGGUCGACUCUCGCGGCAGCGCUAUUUGGCAUGGCUAAGCAUUUUCAGAAAUGCCGCCAGACAAGCAGAGAACCACGCACGUGCUCAACGAAUAGGCACUGGAAGUCUUGAGACAGGUGGCAUGAAACUACCCAAUGCGUACCCACCAGCUCAGCCCCUCGAACGCUUGAGCCAGCCUGGUGCUCACAGCGCCCACGCUUUCGUCAUGCUCACUCUCAUUCGAGGCGCAAUCCGAUGUGAAACGGGCCAAUCACAGCGCUAAGACCCGGCACGCGUGUGCUCGACUUCCUCGACUGCGACAAGUGCCCACGCGACACCUUGCCCGUGAUAAUGUUACCUUCUGUCCAUCCCUUCUAUCUCUCUCCCCUCUCCCGUUCGGUUCUUUCCUUUUCACAUAAAUUGGACGAUGGCUAAGGACUGUCCUAUGAGUUCUACCAGCACCACAAUGCCACGCCCUAACUUCCCGCCAACGCCGCAACCCUCCACUGACAUCACCGGCAAGAGCUGCGCAAAUGCUCCGCAGCUUGAGGGUGGCUUCACGCUACCUCCAGCAGCUCUGAACGGUAGAGGGAGUGUCGCCAGCUCAUCUGGACUAUCCGAAACCGCUUCAGACUCGUCAUAUCGACCACCUUCGCCCGCCUCGCCCCUUACUACCAAGAAACCCAGCCAAAGUCGCAAACGUUCGAGCCCGAACUCCCAACAGGACAGCGUCAUCACCAAAGAUGACUACUCGCUUCCACCUCCACCAACAAGAUCACGCAAGAUCAUACAAAUGAAGCCCAAGGACGCCCAGGAACUACUGAAACCGCAGCCCGAGAAGCACGAUGCGAAAGCGCCGGCAGAGAAAGCUGCUGGGGGCAAGAGGAAACAUGCCAACACCACAGCUGCAGGGCGCAAGGUUGCACGGAAGACCGCACACAGCUUGAUCGAGCGAAGACGAAGGUCGAAAAUGAACGAGGAAUUCGGAGUUCUUAAGGACAUGAUCCCCGCGUGUAGGGGUCAGGAGAUGCACAAGCUGGCGAUCUUGCAGGCUUCGAUCGAGUACAUGCGCUAUCUCGAGCAAUGUGUUGCCGACCUGAAAGCGGCCAACCAGGCACGAUACGACUCGCCAUCGAUUACUGCCUCGGAUCUUGCGCCGCCUCCUCUUCGAAGGGCGAUGGAAGAGCUUGACGAAGACGAAGAAGACGACGAGGACGAGGAGAUGCAGGAUUUUGUAUCGCCCACUACUGACGUGCCCACCUCGAUUCCAAAGUCGACCUACCACUUCGCGACAGUCUCACCAGUUAUCAAUCCUUUUGACAGGGAGAGCGUGUACUCGCACUCCAACACAACUUCUCCUGCUAUGCUCCCUCAAGACUGCAACUAUUAUUCCGCUAACCCUUCGCCGGCACUCCAGCCUUCCGACCCACACCGCUACUCCCUGGCAUCUGUAGCGUCUCCUUCUUUGACUGCUUCGCCGGCAUUCAGUGCGCAGGCCUCGCAGACUCCUUCGGCUGCGGUGUUCAGCAACCCCUUUCACAAUGGACCUCCAAGUACAGGAUCUCUUCCAGCUCCGGGCUCAGCACACAGCACGUCAAACUUCUCCCUGACAUCACCUGCGUUGAGACCUCAAACAGAUCGUGAAGAUCAGAUCGCCACGGAAGCGUUGAUGAUGCUGAACUCUGCUGACCGUAGGAGCUGGCCAGGGAAAGGAGCUCGCGGCAUGAGUGUUAAGGACCUGCUGAGCGGUUAGGGUACUGUAAUGUACAGCGCGUGAAUGCGCAGGGCGCCGCAUGGCGUUCUGGAAUCAUAAAACGGGUGGAAUUCGCCCAGCAUAGAACAGGCUGAUUAUCGGUUACUCGUAGGUGUCGGCGGCCUUUUGACAUGCUCUUUGAAGUCUUUCACAUCCUAUGCACACCGCAACACGUGUGUAAUUCACUUUUGUGAGCAGGAGGGCAAUACUAUGUAGCAACAAAAGUUUCAUCAGUGAACAAAUUUAGAAAUGACUCACUUCCGG